GCUGCCGAGAGCUGAAGAAAUAUUUCCAGCUGUGAGAGAAAGCAUGAACCAUACAAAUUCAGAGAAUGAAGAUACACACCCAAUAAGUAAUGCAGACCAGGCCAUGAAUAUGAAUGCUGAGGAAGUCUCAGACUCACAUGAGGAAGUGGAUCCUCUGCAAAUAACAUUUCAGGAGAUAAAGGCUGAACCUGAGGACUGUACAAGUUCAGAGAACGUUUUAGUGGGUCCAUAUGUUGAGAUAUACCCAACAUCUCAUGAUGCAAAUCAUGCUGUGUAUAUAAAAGCUGAGGCAGUGUCAGAUACAGAAGAGGAAGAAGAUCCUCUUGCAGUAAUAUUUCCAGAACUAAAGGCUGAACCUGAGAGUACUUUAAAUGAACUUGAACGUGUACAUGAUGAGGAGCGACGAUAUUCCUGCGAUGAGAGUGGUGAUUCUUUCAGUCAACAGCUAAUUCUGAGAGUACAUCAGCACAUACAAAGUGGGAAGCAGCCAUUUAAAUGUGAUGUAUGUAAUAAAUCAUUCAGUUGUAACAGUAAUCUGAAGAAACAUCUGCACAUGCAUAGUGAGGAGCAGCCAUUUAAAUGUGAUGUGUGUAAUAAGCCAUUCAGUCUUCCGAGCAGACUGAAGGAACAUCAGCGCAUACAUAGUGGGGAGCGGCCGUUUAGAUGUGAUAUAUGCAAUAAGUCAUUCAGUCAGCAUGGAAGUCUGAAGACACAUAAGCUCAUACAUACUGGGAAGCGGCCAUUUAAAUGUAAUGUAUGUAAUAAGUCAUUCGAUCGGAAGUGGCAUCUGAUGACACAUCAGCGCAUACAUAGUGGGGAGCGGCCAUUUAAAUGUUAUGUAUGUUUUAAGUCUUUCAGUCAGCAGGGUAGUCUGAAGAAACAUCAGCGCAUACAUAGUGGGGAGCGGCCGUUUAGAUGUGAUGUAUGUAAUAAAUCAUUCAUUGAUCAGAGUAAUCUGAAUAGGCAUCGGCCCAUACAUACUGGGGUGCGGCCAUUUUCCUGUGAUGUGUGUCAUAAGUCAUUCAGACUGCAAGACAUACUGAAGAGACAUCAGCGCAUACAUACUGGGUAGUGGCCAUUUAGAUGUGAUGAAUGUAAUAAGUUAGCAGGGUAAUCUGAUGACACAUCAGCGGGCAUUAUGCUGUGAUAUGUGUAAUGAGUCGUUCAGUUGUAAGAGUCAUCUGAAGACAUCAGCAGAUACAGGCUGAGGAGUGGCCAUUUUGCUGUGAUGUGUGUAAUAAGUCAUUCAGUCAGUUGGAUAAUCUGAAGACACAUCAGUGCAUGUAUACUGGGGGAGCGGCCAUUUAGUUGUGAUAAGUCAGUUGUGAACUGUCAUGUGAAGACACAUCGGUGCAUACAUACUUGUGAGCAGCCAUUUUGCUAUAAUAUGUAUAAUAAGUCAUUCAGCUGUAAGCGUAAUCUGAAGGAUCGUCUGCCCAAACAUGGAGGGCACCAUUUUGCUGUGAUGUAUGUAAUAAGUCAUUCAGUCGCCAGAGCACACUGAUGACACAUCAGCUCAUACAUGUUGAUGUGCUCUAAAUCAUAGAGCAGUAGAGAUGGGUUUAAACUAAAGGAUGAGUAUGUGACUUGUAGCAUACCACAGUAUUUCAUGCUGCAAAAAGACUGUUUUGCUGUGUGUGGCAUGCUGCAAUUUUUGUAGACUGCUACAAGACAUUGGAGCUGAUUGCUGUUGCUAACCUUUAGACCUGAUAGGAAAUGAACCGAGUCCCAUGACACAAAACGUCUAUGCAAAUUACUUCCAUUUCAUUCUGAUUGCUGAAUAAGCACAUUAUCCUGUCUUUGCGAGUGGAAACAGACAUGACAUGACAUGACAUGACACACUCCUACAGUUAUGUUGUUAAUUUGGCAGUGGAAGUUAAUGAUUAUUAGAGUGUACUCACUGAAAUUGGUGGACAGCUUAUAAACAUAGUUCAGCAGCAUCAUAUUUUUUGCUGUAUGUUAUCUGUGCUCUUCUGUCAUUACAUUUGAGUAAAUUUGUUGAUCAGUUAAUUACAGAUUGAUAUAUCGCUUGGAUUGAGUAUAUUGAGAUAACUGUUAUGGAUUGGUCUGAAGAAUACAAACUAUGCUAUAUUGGACAUAACAGGUGAGAUAUCUUUUUGUGGAAUACUUGGUAUAAUGAUUAUAAAUAGAAAGUUAAAUAAAAAUAUGUUGAUUCUGCUUGUGGAGAAAUAAAAUAGCUCAGAAUUUAAUUCGAAGGAUCAUGAAAGACUUUCUUACAUCAUUUCAUUGUGAAUAUCAGCAGAGAAACUGAGUGGUCUGUCAUGAGAUCAGAAAUGAAAGUGGUUUGGCUUUGAGGCACUCCUUUUUGCUUUAGGUCUUCUUUGCUAUAGAGGGGAAGAGUCAACUGAAAAUUGUGAAGUAAAUUUAAAUGUAAUUGUAUAAUUUUUUAAUAAAAUAAGGCAAUGUCA